AUGCUGAUAAUUUUAUCUGUUAUUCUUACAUUUUUGACUCUAUUUUAUCAUACCUACUGGAAACGACGAAAUUUGCCGCCAGGUCCUAUCCCCCUUCCCUUUAUCGGCAAUCUUCUCACUCUAUACUUCUAUGAACCUGGUUAUGAAGCGUUUCGCCUUUGGUCUCAAAAGUAUGGACGUUGUUUCACAUUCUGGAUGGCGAACCGACCUGCGGUUGUGGUGACUGACUACGAGUUGAUGAAAGAAACUCUUGUCAAGGACGGUGCAGCCUAUACAGGCAGAUUAGAAGUGCCUCUUUCGCGUAUGGUACGAGGUGGUGAUUACGGUAUUGUGGAAACGACUGGUGAACUGUGGCAACAACAGCGAAGAUUCGUACUACAUGUUUUUCGCGAUUUUGGAAUGGGUAAAAAUCUCAUGGAAGAGAGGGUUCUGUCAGAGGUGUCCGACUUUCUGUCAAAAUGCAACGUAAAUGCAGGAAAAGAACUAGACCUCCGGAAUAAUUUCGACACCGCCAUUGGAUCAAUUAUCAAUAGCAUUCUUUUUGGAUUUCGGUUUGACGAAACAAAUAUGGAUGUGUUCUUAACUCGAAAAGAGAUUGUCAAGCGUAUUAUGGAAAGGUCGGCUCGACCCGCAUUUAUAAUGUGGAUGAUGUUCCCGUGUCUGAAAUACUUUCCGUACUUCUGGAAAUACAACAAAGAAGCGGAGUUGAACAAAGAUGUACUGUUUGAGAUGUUCGAUUCACAAAUCGAAGCUCACAAAACAGAAAUUAAUUUCGAUCACGAAAAAAGCACGGAUUAUGUGGAAGCUUUCCUUAAAGAACAGAAACGUCACGAGAAUGAACCCGAUUGUGGAGGAUUUUCAUGGGAUCAACUUCGUAAUAUGUGUUUUGAUCUAUGGAUGGCAGGCAUGGAAACCACAUCGAACACUUUGUACUGGGGAUUACUAUAUGUGGUGUUAGAUUCUGAAGUGCAGAGACGCAUACACGACGAAAUGGAUCGAGAAAUUGGAUCAGAGAGAUUGAUCUCCACUGCGGAUCGAAGUCGCCUACCGUAUAUGAACGCGGUGAUCAAUGAAAUCCAACGUGUUGCAAAUCUUCUACCGCUCAAUGUGUUCCACGAGACCACCACCGAUGUGGUGAUCGAUGGCUACCGUAUACCCUCCGGCACGUUGUUCCUACCGCAAAUCUCUAGCGUUAUGUAUGACGAAAAGGUGUUUCCGGAACCAUACAAAUUUGAUCCGAGCAGACAUUUAGCUAGCGAUGGCAGUUUUGUGAAAAUCGACGAGAUCAUACCGUUUUCAUUGGGGAAACGGCAAUGUGUCGGCGAAAGUCUGGCGCGAAUGGAGUUAUUCCUGUUCCUAGCAAACCUAUUCAAUCAAUUUGAGGUUCAACCUCACGGUAACAAGUUGCCAUCGACGAAAAAACACUUUGGAAACACAGUUCGAGCAGAUGACUUUUCUGUAAUUCUGCAAAAACGCCAUUAA